CCUCGACGACAUUCGUACCAUCAUGGACGCGGAGGCGGCGAUACGCAGCAUUACGCUCGAGAACUCGGCGCACGUGCUGUCGGAUGGUCGUACGAUUCAUUACCGUGUCGAGCGACAGAUCGGAUAUGGGUCGUUUGGCGCGGUAUUCCACGUCGUGGUCGAGGAAACGGGGGAGGUUGUCGCGAUCAAGAAGAUCUUUCAAGACAAACGUAUCAAGAACCGAGAACUCCAAAUCAUGCGGCAACUGCAUCAUGCCAACAUUGUGCAUCUUAAACACAGCUUCUAUUCACGCAUCGAAAACAGUGACGACUUGUACCUGAAUCUCGUCCUCGAGUACAUUCCCCAGACCAUCUACGGCGUCGUGUGCCAAAUGAAAGAGCGCCGCGUCCGCCUCCCGCUGAUCUACGUCAAGUUGUAUGUGUAUCAGCUCUGCUGCGCCCUCGGAUACCUCCACUCCCUCGGCAUCUGCCACCGUGACAUCAAACCCCAGAAUGUGCUUUUGCAUCCAGCCACGCAUGUUGUCAAAUUGUGCGACUUUGGCAGCGCCAAGAUGCUCCAGCCGUCGGAACCGAAUGUGUCGUACAUAUGCUCGCGAUUUUACCGCGCUCCGGAACUCAUCCUUGGCGCGACCGACUACACAACUGCAAUCGACGUGUGGUCCCUUGGGUGUGUUUUUGCCGAGCUUCUGCUGUCGGAGCCGCUGUUUCCAGGUGAGAGCGGCGUCGACCAGCUGCUCAACAUCAUCAAAGUCGUGGGAACGCCGAGCCGCGCCGAGCUGGAAGCCAUGAAUCCCAAGCAUACGGACUUUCGCUUGCCUCGCGUGCAUCCUCGUCUCGCCGCAGUCUUCCCACCGGCCACAUGCCCGCCCGAAGCCCUCGACUUGCUCCAACGCAUGCUCACGUAUUCUCCCGCGAGGCGAUUGCACCCCCUGGCUGCUGCAGCGCACCCUUUCUUUGACGAACUUCGACAACCUACCGCUGUGCUCCCGAACAACGUCAAGAUGCCUCCGUUGUACCCGUUUACAUUGCAAGAACUGUCGCAAGUGGACCUGGCGACGCGGGAAAGCAUCGUGCCGCCGCAUGCACGCAAUACGUGGAAUUGGUGUCGAUGGCCCGAGCGAUCGUAGCAGUCGACUUGUCAUGGAACGAUUCCAACUCGCACAUGGUGGCAUACUUCUCUGGGGGUGGUGGUCGCUAUCGCUGGUCACCCGUAUGCCAAAGCAUAUUCGCCACAACGCCGAGUAGAACGAUUCAAG